AUGGCCGCAACCGCCAAGUACCAGGCUGCGCCGACGCAGGACCCGGAGGAGGGUACCUGGUCGCAGGCCCCUCCGUCCUACCAGGCCGAGAGCUCCAACGACACAGAUCGUCUCUUCAGCGGCGAGGCGCGAAGCAGCGAGGACAACGUCCCCGACGACUUCAAGUUCGGCGGCUCCGUGGCCGAGGCCACCGUCGACAUCCGGAACCAGUUCAUCCGCAAGGUCUACACCAUCCUCACGGCCCAGCUGAUCGUGACGGCCAUCGUCAGCGGCCUCAGCUUCUGGAGCGACAGCUACAAGUCCUGGAUCCAGUCGCACCCAGCUCUGGUCUACGUUUCUCUGUUCGGCGCCAUCGGUUUCAUGCUCCUGACCUACUGGAAGCGCAAGUCGUACCCCACGAACCUACUCUUCCUGUCCGGCUUCACCCUGCUCGAGGCCUACUCCGUCUCCGUCAUCGUCUCCUUCUACCAGACAUCGAUCGUGCUCAACGCCGUGGUCUUGACGGGCGGCAUCUUUGUCUUUUUGACCCUGUUCGCCUGCCAGACCAAGUAUGACUUCACCUCUUGGAUGCCCUACCUGUUCGGCGCCCUCUGGGGCCUGGUCCUGUUCAGCUUCAUGUCCUUCUUCCUCCCGCACGGAAGCACCGGGGAGCUGAUCUACGGUGGACUGGCCGCCCUCAUCUUCUCGGCCUACAUUCUGGUGGACACCCAGAUGGUCAUUCGCCACCAUCACGUCGAGGAGGAGAUCGCCGCUGCCAUCAGCCUGUACCUGGACAUCCUCAACCUGUUCUUGGCGAUUCUGCGCAUCCUGAACAGCCAGAACAACAACUAG